CUUCAGUCCCUUUUAGGGAUGACUGAGAUUGAAGAUAAAGCUCCCACUCCUCCACCCCUUGACUCAGACGCCGGUAUCGAUCAGACCGUUGAUCAGAGGAAUCGAUUCAAUAUAACUGCUGUCCAAUACUUUGACUCCAAUCACGACCUUAAAGGCAAAGAUAUCGGUCGACCAAAAGAGAUGUCAACCAAAAUACAGCGCUUCAAAGCCAACCUCUGGCUCUGCGAAGACUAUCCGCUUUCAUUGCCCGAACAGGUGCUGCCGAUAGUCGACCUCAUGGCCAUCAGUAGCUCUCAUUUUGCAAAACUCCGUGAUUUUAUUACAUUACAGCUUCCGUCGGGAUUUCCCGUCAAAAUUGAGAUUCCAUUGUUUCACGUACUGAACGCUCGGAUCACAUUUGGUAACAUAUUUUCAUUGGACGAACCCGUGUCCGGAGUGACUCCCAUACGGGACGAGAGCGCCUGUGCCUGUGUUGUGGACGAGUCCUGCUUUGAACCGCCCGCUAAUUAUCGUAAAAUAGGGUCGGGAGAAAUGAGACACAUGAAUAUGGAUGACGACGAUGUGGUUCAGUACGCCAUCGAGCAGUUCCUGAUGGAAGAGGGAACAGAAACAGAUCAGGUGACCCUCUGGGAGGCACUCAAAGCACAACAACCAGAUAUGGACCAAGACUUGCAACGAGCAAUUCAGGAAAGUAUAGUCGAGUAUCAGAAAGGAGUGGCCAAUAGAGUGGACACCAAUUCAAACGAAUCGCACCACAAGUCCUCAUCAAAUGAGGCCAUUAGUAGCGAAGUGACAGCCAAUACGACGACGACGACCGCCGCUGUGCCCAACGGACAGAUACCCUCCAGUCGUGUGGAGAGCGCACCGCACGAUGUGAUGGCCAAUGAUCUGGAAUUAGCGUUAAGACUAUCACAACAGGAAAGAGAGGACGAAGAGAAGCGCAUGAAAGAAGAGGAGGAACUCUUCCAACAGAUUCUCCAGUUAUCCAUAAUCGAGAAGUGA